GUUUUCGAGUACUGUUCUCUGCCCCUUCCGCUCUGAAUCAGGACCUGUGGCCGAAAUACCUUCUCGUUAUCAUCUCCUUACCCGAAACGUUCUUCGUGCGCCCCGAGAAGGUGCCCUGCUAGAUCUUCUUAAAAUUUAUCCCUCACAAGUGACUUUGAUCGAGCACUGGUUGAACUUAUCUAUGUUAACCACAAUCCGUGCACGCACACGCGCCGCUAUUGCGAUCAAAUCGCAGCUAUAUCUCCACACUGGCUCAGUCACUCAGCGACCAAGUCGACCCGUAACAUUGUUACACUGCUACCAGAAUACUACUGCGCUCCUCGCAACGCGUGCGUCUUUAUCGUUCAACGGACGUUGUGCGCACAGCACGCGAGAAGUGCCAGACCAGGAUGGCGAACCAUCAAGCAAGAACGCUGACGCCGUCUCCUCUCAAGACCGAAGCACUGUACCCUCAUCUGAUGUGUCUAAAGCGUUCGAGGAGGACGAUGAUGCUUCGUUUGGGGUGAUGGGCACAGACACAUCUAGCUCGAUGGAAGAACUUCCAGAAUCACCUCGACUUUCUUCGGAUCCAUCGCAAAAGCCGCCGACAUCUACGCUGUUCGUCGGAUUGCUUCCUCCAUUUGUAAAAGAACAAGAGAUUUCAAACCUAUUUGAAGCAUACGGCGAUGUCAAAGUGCGAAUGAGGACCACAAGCACUGGGCAAAAUUACGGCUUUGCUCACGUUGACUUUCCUUCAAGACAGCAUGCGACGAUGGCGAUGGCAGAGCACCAAGAAGCCCCGUUCUCUAUCCGCGGCCGCUCGCUGAACUUUGAAUUCUCCCGAGCUACUAUCACGGAUAAGCAGCCGGAGCCCAACCGAACAAUAUAUGUCGCCAACGUGCCAUUCAAUUCGAAUGAAGAGGAUAUCGGCAAUGUAUUCGAAUCGUUCGGCGAAAUCGAACGUGUGCGCAUGGAAUAUGACGAUCAAGGAUGGUCGAGAGGGGUUGCGCAUAUUGCCUUCCGGCAUCCCGCAGAUGCGCAGGCAGUCACGGAAAGACAGAUGACAAAGGGUUUUGAACUUGAAGGACGACGACUCUUUGUUCAAUAUGCACGCAAUUCAAGCGACGGUGUAAAGCGAUUGAGAGUGAGUCGACCAGAGGACGACGAUCGCGAAGGCCAGGGAAUCAGGGAGCCCAUGCUGCCGAGCGAGGUUCUUCGGGUCAGCAAUCUGCCUGCGCGUCGAGGUGUAACAGAGCAGGAUAUACGUGAGCUGUUUGCACCAUUCGAUGCGAAAGUCAAAGCCGUCAGAUUCGCUAUAUUCGCCGAUCGGCCGCGUACAUACGCCCACGUCGAGUUUGCGACAAAACUGCAGACGGAACGUAUUAUGAAUGCCCACCAGCAAAGUCCAUUGAAACUAUGGAACGUAGUGGACCUCAUCUUGGAUUAUGCCACUCCCGUCGUGCAUUCCCUUUAUGAUCCUUAUCACAAGUUAUACACACCUGCUGUCACAGGAGAUGCGAUGGAUGUCAAAGCUCUGUUUGGGCGGUUCGCUGAUAAUAUCGUGGAUGUGCAAUUCCACCCAAAGCCAUACGUUGACCCUUCCAUAAGGUCUGCGUUCAUUGAAUUCGAUACUAUCGCCAACGCUACAGCGGCGAAAAACGAGUUUGAUGGGAAGGAAAUCAGACCCGGCCUCCGUUUUGCCUUGGAAUAUGCUCGCCCAAGGAUGAGGAUGUCCCGCAAGGGUCCCAGAACUGGGCCGCCAAUAGGGUCGGAGAAACGUCUCGCGUUGGCUGAAGAGAAGGUAACCAAAGCCAUGCAGAAGCGACGUAACUUGGAAACGACGCAGAUGCGAGCCUUUGCGAAGCGUGCGAUGAGCAAAUCCAACCGGCCCGAUCUGAAAGAUUAUUAGGCGCGGCGUCGCGGAGCGAAAUGAGAGUAUCCGUUUGUCGGUAUGUGAGAGCGUUGGUGUCGUCCGCGAGAUGCUCACGCGUGACAGCAAUGAUUCCGAUGGUCGAAUCCGUGUCAU